AUGGAGAACGAACAACAACAACAAGAUAACAAUACUAAUGAACAACAAGAACAACAACAAGAUAAUACUAAUACUGUUGUAGUUGAAGAAGAACAACAAGGAGAACCAGAAGGUAUCCCAAUCGAAGAGAUUAAUAGAGAUCCAAAUGUAGACAAUGCAUUUGCAGAUGCAAGCAAUUUUACAAUCAUAGUAAAGAAUGAAGAAGCACCUGCUGAAGGUAUUGCUCAUCCAGAAACAAAGAAAUUGACAAAGAGAAUUCAUUGCAGAAGAUGUGAUUGCACUGUACUCAUUCAAAAUAACGCUACUCUUAUUCCAUUAUUAAAUCAAAAAGGAUCAGAUACAGCAGAAGAAUUAAAGUGGAUGUGGUUCUUGCCAGAUAUGUUCCAAUUUGAGAAUAUUGCCUUUUCAAAAGAUGUAAAGAACAAGAUCAAAUAUCUUACCUGUGCUGAAUGUGAAUAUGAAAUCAUUGGUGUUCAUGAUCUUACAACCAAAGAAAACUAUAUUGCUCAUGAUAGAAUUGUUUAUAAAUAA